AGAAACCCAGGAAGUGUUGAGGCUUUAACACAGACAUUUCUCAUUCAGUCAGUCAUCAGUGUGACAGGAUGGAGCUCCGUCCACUCUGUGUGUUUGUCUUGCUGAUGGGACUCAUCCACUGCACAACAGCAGGGAGUCCUAAAGCUGUGGUGACCAUAAAGCCUGAUAAACAUGUGUUCAGAGGAGAGACUGUGACUCUCAGAUGUGAAAUACAGGGAGGAGGAGACACUGAGUGGACAUACAGCUGGUAUAAGAAAUAUAACACACUCUACCCAUACCGCAGAACACAGGAGUUCAGCUUCAGCUCAGUUAUAAAUGAUGACAGUGGUGAAUACACCUGCAGAGGGAGGAGAAGCAGUGACUCUCAGAACUCAGAGAUCAGUGCUCCUGUUACACUCACUGUAUCAGAAAAACCUAAACCUGAACUCACACCAAGUCGUGAAGGAGCUGCACUGACAGGAAACUCAGUGACUCUGUCAUGUACACUGAAGCUGCAGUCUGCUGGAUGGAAGUUUUACUGGAUCAAACCCACACAGAGUACUGAGACUGAGACUGAGACUGAGACACAUUCCUACAUCUACAUCAGCUCAGUUAGAGUCUCUGAUGGGGGUCAGUACAGUUGCAGAGCUGGAAGAGGAAACCCAGUCUACUACACACACUACAGUGAUGCACUCUGGGUAAACGUUACUGAGAGUCCUAAACCUGAGCUGAUUAUAAAGCCUUAUACACAGGUGUUCAGAGGAGAGAGAGUGACUUUCAGGUGUGACAUACAGGGAGGAGACACUGAGUGGACAUACGACUGGUAUAGGUAUAACACACACUACCCAUCCCUCACAGCACAGGAGUUCAGCACCAGCGAUUAUGACAGUGGUAAAUACACCUGCAGAGGGAGGAGAAGUGACUCUCAGAUCUCGAAGAUGAGUGAUCCUGUUAUACUCAGUGUAUCAGAAAAACCCAAACCGACUGUGAGAGUGAAUCCUCAGAGCUCCGUCUACACUGGAGACAGAGUUACUCUGACCUGUAAUCUGAAGUCUACUGGAUGGACUUUUCUCUGGUACAAAGAUUAUCAGGAAUCAAUUCCCCUGUCUCCUGGAACCAGAAACACCAACACACUCAGUGUAACAGUCUCUAAUGAAGGAGGAACACAGUACUACUGUAAAGCACGCAGGGGAAACUACGACUCAGAGAUCAGUGAUCCAGCCACAAUUACAGUGAGAGUGAGACCUAAAGCUGUGGUGACCAUAAAGCCUGAUAAACAUGUGUUCAGAGGAGAGACUGUGACUCUCAGUUGUGAAAUACAGGGAGGAGGAGACACUGAGUGGACAUACAGCUGGUAUAAGAAAUAUAACACACUCUACCCAUACCGCAGAACACAGGAGUUCAGCUUCAGCUCAGUUAUAAAUGAUGACAGUGCUGAAUACACCUGCAGAGGGAGGAGAAGCAGUGACUCUCAGAGAUCAGAGAUCAGUGAUGCUGUUACACUCACUGUAUCAGAAAAACCUAAACCUGAACUCACAUCAGAUCUUAAAGGAGCUGCACUGACAGGAAACUCAGUGACUCUGUACUGUACAAUGAUGCCGCAGUCUGCUGGAUGGAAGUUUUACUGGAGCAAACACACACGGAGCACUGAGACUGAGACUGAAACACACUCCUACACCAUCUACUCAGUUAGAGUCUCUGAUGGGGGUCAGUACAGGUGCAGAGCUGGAAGAGGAAACCCAGUCUACUAUACACACUACAGUGAUGCACUCUGGGUAAACGUUACUGAGAGUCCUAAACCUGAGGUGAUUAUAAAGCCUUAUACACAGGUGUUCAGAGGAGAGAGAGUGACUUUCAGGUGUGACAUACAGGGAGGAGGAGACACUGAGUGGACAUUCGAGUGGUAUAGGGACGAUAACACAUUCUACACAUCCCACACAACACAGGAGUUCAGCACCAGUGAUUAUGACAGUGGUAAAUACACCUGCAAAGGGAGGAGGAGAAGUGACUCUCAGAUCUCGAAGACGAGUGAUCCUGUUACACUCACUGUAUCAGAAAAACCCAAACCGACUGUGAGAGUGAAUCCUCAGAGCUCCGUCUACACUGGAGACAGAGUUACUCUGAACUGUAAUCUGAAGUCUACUGGAUGGACUUUUCUCUGGUACCGAGAUUAUUGGCAAUCAAUUCCCCUGUCUCCUGGAACCAGAAAGACCAAUGUACUCAGUGUAACAGUCUCUAAUGAAGGAGGAACACAGUACUACUGUAAAGCACGCAUUGGAAACUACGACUCAGAGAUCAGUGAUCCAGUUACAAUUACAGUGAGAGCGAGACCAAAGCCUGUAUUGAAAGUACAGCCAGCUGAGCGUGUGUUCAUUGGGGAAACCGUCACUCUCACAUGUGAGAUACAGACUGGAGAAUCCUGGCGUUACCUCUGGUAUAGAAAUAAUGAAGAACUCAGUGAUGCUGCAGGAAAGAAAACAUACACAAUCACUGAUAUUAAAGAGUUUAAUAAAGGUGAUUAUACAUGUAAUGGAACAAAGUCAUCAGACCCUAAAUACACACAGACCAGCGAUGGUGUUACACUGACUGUAUCAGAAAAACCUAAACCUGAACUCACAUCAGAUCUUAAAGGAGCUGCACUGACAGGAAACUCAGUGACUCUGUCCUGUACAAUGAUGCCGCAGUCUGCUGGAUGGAAGUUUUACUGGAUCAAACCCACACAGAGCCCUGAGACUGAGACUGAAACACACUCCUACAUCUACAUCAGAUCAGUUAGUGUCUCUGAUGGAUUUCAGUACAAGUGCAGAGCUGGAAGAGGAAACCCAGUCUACUACACACACUACAGUGAUGCAUUCUGGGUAAACAUUACUGAGAGUGCUAAAGCUGUGGUGACCAUAAAGCCUGAUAAACAUGUGUUCAGAGGAGAGACUGUGACUCUCAGAUGUGAAAUACAGGGAGGAGGAGACACUGAGUGGACAUACAGCUGGUAUAAGAAAGUUAACACACUCUACCCAUCCCGCACAACACAGGAGUUCAGCUUCAGCUCAGUUAGAAAUGAUGACAGUGCUGAAUACACCUGCAUAGGGAGGAGAAGCAGUGACUCUCAGAGCUCAGAGAUCAGUGAUGCUGUUACACUGACUGUAUCAGAUGCAGCAGAGGCAGUAGUGAGUGUGUCUCCACUGCGCUGGCUGACUGAAGGAGACUCAGUGACUCUAAGCUGUGAGGUUAAACACUCCUCUACAGGCUGGACAUUCAGCUGGUACACAGAGGUUCCCUCCAGAGACAGUCAGGGUUCCCUCAGGUACAGUACAGCGCUCCUCUCAGACAGCAGCAGAGGAUCUGGAGGCUCCUACACUCUCAGUCCUGUUACUGUGAAUCACACAGGAGUUUAUAUGUGCAGAGCAGAGAGAGGAGAACCAGUCUUUCACACACGGGACAGUAACCUACAGCCACUGUGCAUCACUGGUGAAUCUCCUCCAGUGUCUCUGAUCAUCAAUCCCAGCAGAACUCAACACUUUACUGCUGACUCUCUCUCACUGAGCUGUGAGGACCAGAGUGACUCUACUGGAUGGACAGUGAGAGGAUACACACACAGUGAGACAGUGUCUGAUUGUUCAUCAGUUUCAGGAUCUUCAUGUAACAUCAGCUCCCUCUCUACAUCACACACUGGAGUUUACUGGUGUCAGUCUGAAUCUGGAGGACGCAGUAAUCCUGUCAACAUCACAGUGCACCAUGGUCAUGUGAUCCUGGACAGUCCUGUCCAUCCUGUGACUGAGGGACAUCCUCUGACUUUACGCUGUUUAUCUCGCAACUCAAAUACCUCAGCUUCUGGUGUUGAUUUCUAUAAAGAUGGUUCAGUCCUGCAGAAGAAGACUACAGGAGAGAUGACCAUCAGUACUGUCUCAAAGUCAGAUGAAGGUUUCUACCACUGUAAACACCCAGAGAGAGGAGAGUCACCCAAAAGCUGGGUUUCGGUCAGAACUUCAGAUUCUGAAUCUACUGGUGUAAUUAUAGGACUGAGUUUGACCUUCGUGUUUGUCAUCUUAAUGAUCUUACUGAUCCUGCUGCUGCACUUCAAGAAGAAAAAAGGUGUAGAAUAUCAGACUCCUUCUCCAGUAAAUCAGGACACCAAUCAGCCUGCAGAUGGUGAGAACAUCUACGAAAAUGCUGAUAUCAGGACCACAGAUGAUUCUGCAGCUGGAACCAGCAAUAUGAUCCACUCACAGGAUGUCCACAGAUACAAGACACAAAAUGAUGCUGCUGGACUGAGUGAUGUGACUUAUGCUGAUAUUGAACUGAAAAACCAAAAGAAACCAAAGAGAAAACAAGGAAAGACCAGUGAGGGAGCUGACACUGUUUACUCAGAACUGAAGCAGAACACAGAUAAAGAUGCUGCUGCUGGACUGAGUGAUAUGACUUAUGCUAAAAUUGAACUGAAAAACCAAAAGAAGCCAAAGAGAAAACAAGGAAAGACCAGUGAGGGAGCUGACACUGUUUACUCAGAACUGAAGCAGAACACAGAUAAAGAUGCUGCUGCUGGACUGAGUGAUAUGACUUAUGCUAAAAUUGAACUGAAAAACCAAAAGAAGCCAAAGAGAAAACAAGGAAAAAGCAGUGUGGGAGCUGACACUGUUUACUCAGAACUGAAGCAGAUCACAGAUAAAGGUCCCUGAAGAAAGUUUAGAGUCUCCAAUCAAGAAUUGUUGAAACAGCUGAAGAACAUAUUUACACAUAUUUUAGGGGGCACAUUGUAGUGUUUGGAAAGCUUGGUUUUUGCUUAAUACAAAACUAAGCAUUGUACAAAUUCCUGAUAUGAAUGUUAAAGGAGGAACAGGAAGCAAUUUUAAAAUUAUAUUUCCUAUCGUUCACAGUUGGUCAGAACUGGUUUUAUCCAGGAUAAAUUAAGUUUCCAGUUUUCAUUCACUGGAUCAGUAUAAUUUAUAAGCUGGCAGUGUGGAUUACUAAGUGUUCACUUGUAUAUUGUAAUACUGAUCUUAAUGACACAUAAAACAUGAAUAAAAAGUAUAUAUUGUUUCACAGUAAAAACUAGAUUUUUCUUACAUAUUUCUGUCAACAUUUAAUUUCUUAUUGUAUGUGAAUUAUUUUAUUGAAGUCAAGAUUUAUUAAUGUAUUUUUGUUUAUUUACUCAGUUAUGCUAUUUACCUAUUAGUGGAAUAAUCAGAUAUUUUGUCUUCACUGCUUUAAACAGUCAAUAAUGCAGUAUUGUCUUUGAGUGAGCGGCUCAUGGACUUUUGGCACAUAGACUGAUAUUGUGUCUAAUUUUAUACCUUUAAUUUUUUUUUUGUUUAGUGCCUCUAUAAUAUGUAAAUUCAUAUUUAAAAAAAAAAAAUAUAUAUAUAUAUAUAUAUAUAAUACUAUAUAUAUUUCAUCCUAAAAAAUGUAAAGUAAUAGAUGUAAACAUUUUGAGUAAGAUAAUGUACUUUCUUUUGUUUUUCUCCUGUUUAUUGAUUUCAGUAUCCAGCAGGAUGUAUUAAAUUUUACAGGAACAAAAGAAAUAUAAGUCUGUAUACAUGCUGUGUGAAGAGCUUUGAAUAAAAAUGACUUUUAGCAAAA